CAAUUGUAAUUUGCUGGGUCCUUGGAAAGAGAAACUCCGUGUCCGAGACUGAAACCCUAAUCGUAGGUCUUCCACUUUCUACCGGCUUCCCAUCUCUUCUUCCUUACAUUACCGAAUCGCAGCACAAACAGAGUUAGGAAGCUUUUUGCUUGAUAUGGAUUCACCUGAACGUGGUAGAAGUUAUGUGAAACGGGAUACAGGGGAUGGCUCAGAUGUGAAGAGUGAUAGGGCCAGAGAUGAUGAAGAGUGGGAGAACAUUGAUAAGAGAAAGCAUAGGUCAAGUAGAUCAAGAAAACCGGGGAAUGGGGAAGACACUAAUGUGUUAGAUGGAAAUGGAAGAAGAAAAAGUUCUAGGGAUAAUAAUGAGGGCCGGAAACGAUCGGGUGGAUCCAGCAGAGCAGGUAGUGACGAUGAUGAUUAUGACUCAAAAAAAGAGGCGCGUUCUAAACAGGUGAAGAAAAGACAAGAAGAGAAUACAUUGGAAAAAUUGAGUAAUUGGUACCAAGAUGGUGAAUUAGAGAACAGGAAAGAUGGUGGAGAUAGGUUGGGGAGCAGAGGGCACGGUCGAGCUGAUGAAAGUGAAAGAAGGAAAAUGGCUUCUAAGUUUUCGGAUCAUGAGAAUUCUCAGAGCAGAAGUAAAAGCAAAGAAGAAAGGUCCCAAGAUGGAGAGCUUGAAAAGGUGGUUGAUCGAGAUUCUAGGUAUUCGGAGAGGAGGGAAAGUGGCCGAGAGAAGGGUCAUGGGUCUUCCGAGGAGGUGAGAAACUCAAGGAGAAAAUGGGACGAGUCUGAUACAGUCAAGAAAGCUGAAGGUACUCAUUCUGAAAGAGCUGAUCUGACAAGUGGUAAGGCUUCUGAUCCUAAGUAUGAGAGUACUAGAGACAGAGGUAUGUCUACUAGAAAUGACCCCAGUGAGAGUAAAAGUCGUGGUGCAGAUUCAAACAGUGAGAAGGGUAUCAAAUCUGACAACAGAGAAGGGAAAAGAGUUGAUGCUGAGAGGAGAAAAAACAAAGUUAGGGCAGAGGCACUGGAAGAAGAUAAUAGGGGCAGUCCUAUUACUCGUGAAGACGGAUCAGGCAGGGAGACAACAGACAAGCAUAGACAACAGAGAACUCCCAUUCAGGAUGUUCCCGAUAGCCGGGAGAGAACAAUAAAUGCAGAUGAAGACAGAAAUAUGCGGAUGAGGGAUAAAAGUGUGAGAGAAACAGGGCACUCGAGCAGGUCAAGGACCCCUGAUAUGAAAGGGAGGCGUCAUCUAGAAACAGAUCAUUCUGAGAUGAAUCAUGAAAGAAGUUUCAACCUCAAGCGGAAGGAACUGGAAAAGGAUGCUUACUGUGAUGAUAGAUCAAAAGGCAGAGAUGAUAGCUGGAGUGACAGAAACAGGGACCAUGAAGGUUCCAAAGAGAAUUGGAAAAGAAGGCAACCCAGCGGUAGUGAUAAGGAGUCAAAAAAUGGGGAUAUUGUGUAUGAUCAUGGCAGAGAAUGGGAGUUGCCAAGGCAUGGUCGUGAGAGAACUGACAAUGAAAGGCCUCAUGGUCGAUCUGGUAAUAGGAAAGAUGGAAGCAGGGGUGAAGCUGUAAAAACCUCAUCAAACUUUGGAAUUUCAAAUGAGAAUUAUGACGUAAUAGAGAUUCAAACCAAGCCUCUUGAUUAUGGAAGAGUAGAGUCUGGGUCCAACUUUGCGAGGAGAACUGAAGUUGUUCAGCAGUCUGACUUGAAAUCAACACCAAAUGAUGAAGAAUGGGCAUAUAUGCUGGAUGAAAGCGCAAGAAGAAGUGAUUUAUAUGGCUCUGGCCCACCUGGUGAAGAUUCAAAGGAAAGAUAUGCAGAUGAUAGUACCUCCAUUCGUGAUCAAAAUUCAUGGAGGGAUGACUAUGAUUUCCCAGGAGGAAAGGGAAGAGGCCAGAAAGGUGCUAUUUCUGGUCGCAGUGCUGGUGGCCAAAGUUCUAGUGGUUCAAUGCCUCCAUAUGGAAACCAGGAUCCAGGAUCCUUCAACAGAGCUGCCUCACAAGGAGUCAAGUCGAGUAGAGUUGGAAGAGGAGGACGGGGUCGGCCAACUGGGAGAGAAAACCAGCAGGUGGCAAUCCCGUUGCCACUAAUGGGAUCGCCUUUUGGACCUCUCGGAAUACCCCCACCUGGACCAAUGCAGCCACUUACCCCAGGUAUGCAAGCUGCUCCAGGUCCACCAAUAUCACCAGGUGUCUUCAUUCCACCAUUUACUCCACCCAUCUGGCCUGGGGCUCGAGGUGUUGAUAUGAAUAUGCUAGCUGUUGCACCUGGUCUCUCUCCCAUUCCUCCUGGACCAUCUGGUCCAAGGUUUCCUCCUAAUAUGGGAAACUCAUCCCCUGCCAUGUAUUUUAAUCAACCUGUUCCUGGAAGGGGAGUUCCUCCAAGCAUGUCUGGCCCUGGUUUUAAUGCUGCCGGACCAAUGGGAAGAGGAAAUCCACCUGAUAAAACUCCUGGGGGUUGGGUUCCUCCAAAAAGUAGUGGGCCUCCUGGUAAAGCUCCUUCUAGAGGAGAGCAGAAUGACUACUCUCAAAAUUUUGUUGACACUGGUAUGCGACCCCAGAAUUUCAUCAGAGAGCUAGAGCUUACGAAUGUUGUUGAAGAUUACCCCAAGCUUAGGGAGCUUAUCCAGAAAAAGGAUGAGAUUGUGGCUAAGUCUGCGUCUCCUCCCAUGUAUUAUAGGUGCGACCUAAAAGAGUUUGAGCUGUCCCCAGAGUUCUUUGGAACCAAGUUUGACGUCAUUCUUGGACCCCCAUGGGAGGAAUAUGUUCAUCGUGCUCCUGGUGUUGCUGACCAUAUGGAGUACUGGACAUUUGAAGAAAUAAUGAAUCUUAAGAUUGAGGCAAUAGCAGACACACCUUCUUUUAUCUUCCUUUGGGUUGGUGAUGGUGUGGGCCUUGAGCAGGGCCGUCAAUGUUUAAAGAAGUGGGGAUUUCGUAGGUGUGAGGAUAUUUGUUGGGUGAAGACAAACAAAACUACUGCAACACCAGGGUUGCGUCAUGAUUCACAUACUUUAUUUCAGCACUCAAAGGAGCACUGCUUGAUGGGCAUAAAAGGAACUGUUCGUCGCAGCACUGAUGGUCACAUUAUCCAUGCCAACAUUGAUACUGAUGUUAUAAUUGCUGAGGAACCUCCUUAUGGUUCAACUCUUAAGCCGGAAGACAUGUAUAGAAUUAUUGAGCAUUUUGCACUUGGCCGCAGGAGACUCGAGCUCUUCGGUGAAGACCACAAUAUUCGGUCUGGUUGGCUGACAGUUGGAAAGGGACUAUCCUCAUCUAAUUUUAAUGCUGAGGCAUAUGUCAGGAACUUUGGUGACAAAGAUGGGAAAGUUUGGCAAGGAGGUGGAGGACGAAAUCCACCCCCAGAGGCACCUCAUCUUGUCAUGACAACCCCCGAAAUAGAGUCUCUUCGGCCCAAGUCACCAAUGAAGAAUCAGCAGCAACUUCAACAGCAACAAUCAACAUCUAUCUCUCUGACAACAGCCAAUUCCUCCAAUAGAAGGCCUGCUGGAAACUCACCUUCCACUCCAGGUGCUCUUGGUCUAAACCAAGAAGCUUCCAGUUCGAACCCCUCAACUCCAGUUCCGUGGGCCUCACCAAUGGAGGGCUUCAGAGGACGAGAAGGCAGCAUUAUGCCCCCAGAUGAUAAGGUUUUUGAUAUGUAUGGGUAUGGUGGGCAGGCAAACCAAGACUAUCAGGAUUUUGAGUCUCACAGACAAAUGAAUUUGUUGUAACAUAAAACUCGGCAUAUUAAUGUGCACUGAUGCAGCCUGUAAUUUUUGUUUUUCAGCCCUUCAGUAUUAUGGAAAGAAAAUUCCACA